AUGACUCACUGCAACCCUUGUGCAACUCCCGUUGAUGCGAACUCCAAGCUCUCCGCAGACGUCGAUGAACUGAUCUCUGAUCCAACCUAUUAUCGGAGUUUGGCAGGCACGUUGCAGUACCUCACAUUCACUCGCCCAGAAAUCUCCUACGCUGUCCAACAAAUCUGCUUAUUCAUGUAUUCUCCACGUCAACCCCAUCUUCAAGCUCUUAAGCGCAUAAUUCGCUACAUCCAAGAGUGCCCAAACUCCCGUCGUUCUACUUCUGGAUACUGUGUCUAUCUUGGCGCCAACUUGAUCUCUUGGUCCUCCAAACGCCAGCCUACCGUCUCACGCUCCAGUGCAGAGUCUGAAUACAAAGGUGUUGCCAAUACCGUCGCUGAAUAUCUGUUGGAUACGCAAUCCGCUUCUUGA